AUGGAGGAGUAUCCAGAAGAGCUACGGACGCCGCCGGUGACUCUGGUAUCGCUCGUCGGAUGUCCGGAGCUCCACGCACACAUCUCGUCGCAUCUCCAUUCGGAGAAGCCUCCCAUCAAUACACUCGCCCUGCCGGAUUUCUCAAAGAUCUCCGUGAUUUUCUCAGACAAAAGCUCCGAUGGGAAAGCAGCGUCAGCGUCCGAUCCCAGCUCCCCGACCCCCGGAAUUCUCAAGAGGGAUUGGUUGCUCAAGCAUCGCACUAGGGUUCCCGCUGUCCUCGCUGCUCUUUUCAAUUCUGAACAGAUCUCUGGCGAUCCAGCUCACUGGCUUCAGGUCUGCACGGACCUGGAAAAUCUCAGAAAUGCGAUUCGUCCGAAGAACAUCAAGCUGGUGGUGGUUGUUGUUGUGCCAUCUUCAUUUUUGGCUUCUUCCAAUGAUGAAAUUAUUAGUGAAGAUAGAAUGGGUGCUCUCCGCAAACGAUCUGAAUUGGAUGCUAAACACAUUGUUUUCUUCAACUCUGGCGAUGAGUUACAACUUAAGGAAUCCCUUAACAAGCUAGGAAGCACUUUUGCUGAAUUAGCAACCGCGUAUUAUAGAGAAGAAGGGAGAAAAAUUAAGCCCCGUGUGGAAAAGAAGAACGUCAGUUCCAUUGAGUUGAACAUUCGUAAUUGUUUCAAGGUUGCUGUCUAUGCUGAGUUUAGGAGAGACUGGAUUGAAGCUUUGAAUUUUUAUGAGGAUGCAUAUCACAUACUGCGGCAGAUGGUGUCAACAUCAACUAGAUUACCUGUUAUUCAACGGUUGGUUGAGAUAAAAAUUGUUGCAGAGCAGUUGCAUUUCAAAAUAGCAACCUUGUUACUCCAUGGAGGAAAGAUAGCAGAUGCGAUUGCAUGGUUCCGCAAGCAUAAUGCUUCAUACAGGAAUCUAGUCGGGCCUCCAGGAGUUGUUUUUAUGCAUUGGGAGUGGAUCAGUCGGCAGUUUCUUGUAUUUGCUGAGUUGCUAGAGACAAGCUCAAAGGCCAUUCAGAGCAUUUCAGGUCCUGCUUCAAAUACUGCGGAGAAGUUUUUGACAGAAUGGGAGUUUCAGCCGGCUUAUUACUAUCAGCUAGCUGCUCACUACCUGAAGGAGAAGAGAAAUGCGUUAGAACUUGCACAACAAAGUGAGGAAACAGCUGGUGGCAUUGAUGGCAGUGCUGAGUCUGUAGUGCCUUCGGUUUAUGUUGGCCAGUUCUCUCGGCUGCUUGAGCAAGAGAAUGCACUAGCUAUGCAACCUCUCACCGAUGAAGAAUAUACCCGUUACUCCAUCGCGGAAGGGAAAAGGUUCCAAGAUUCCUUUGAAAUUAUUGCUCUUCUUAAAAAAUCUCAUGAAUCAUUCUCUGGUAUCAAGUCCAAGAGAAUGGGUUCUCUUUGUGCAUUCCAGAUGGCCAAGGAAUAUUACACUGUGGCAGAUUUUACAAAUGCUAAACAGUUGCUUGAUGAUGUUGCAAGUCUUUACAGAUCGGAAGGAUGGGUGACUUUAUUGUGGGAGACCCUUGGUUACGUCAGAGAGUGUUCUAGAAGAGCUGGUAUGGUAAAAGAAUUUGUGGAGUACUCUCUUGAAAUGGCUGCACUGCCCGUAUCAUCUGAUACCAGUGUCCAAUCUUUUGAUUCUAAAGAUUGUGGCCCAGCUGGUCCUCCAAGCGUUGCUCAGAGAGAAAAUAUACACAAGGAGGUUUUCUCUCUUGUCAGUGGAGAAAAAGUUGGAUCCGUGUCAAUUGGAGAUAAUUUGGAUCUCCAAACUGCUUGCAAUGGUCCUCUCCAUCUUGAGAUAGAUCUUGUCAGCCCACUGCGAGUUGUCCUACUUGCUUCAGUUGCCUUUCAUGAACAGAUAAUCAAACCUGGUGUGCCUGCCUUAAUUACCAUAUCACUUCUGUCCCAAUUACCUAUGAAUGUUGACAUCGAUCAAUUAGAACUCCAGUUUAAUCAAUCAGAAUGUAAUUUCAUCAUCAUGAAUUCCCAAAGACCUGCAUCGACUGAUGGACGACAGGGUCGACGCGUUGAAAGCGCUCCUUCUCUGUCACUUGUUACAAACAAGUGGCUACGCUUGACAUAUGCCGUCCAAUCAGAACUAAGUGGUAAGUUGGAGUGCAUAUACGUGGUUGCAAAAAUGAGAUCCCUCCUGACAAUCUGUUGUAGAGCUGAAAGUCCCGCCUCGAUGGAUGAUUUGCCUCUUUGGAGAUUUGAAGAUCGCGUGCAGACUUUCCCUACCAAGGAUCCUGCUCUGGCAUUUUCAGGCCAAAAGGCUGCUCAGGUUGAAGAAGCAGACCCCCAAGUGGAUCUUGUUCUUGGUGCCACGGGACCUGCAUUAGUCGAAGAGUGCUUUACGGUUCCUGUCACUGUGACCUCCAAGGGUCACUCUGUGUUCUCUGGAGAGUUGAAAGUCAAUUUGGUAGAUGUCAAAGGUGGCGGCUUGUUUAGUCCCAGGGAAGUUGAGCCACUUUCCUCAGAUAGCAGCCAUCACGUUCAGCUUCUCGGCGUCUCCUCAACAGAGAAGGAGGACGACCCUCAGGUAGCUUCCAGCAAAAUCAUGAAAAUUCAGCAGUCCUUCGGUUUGGUCUCUGUUCCAUUUUUGAAAGAUGGAGAAUCAUGGUCCUGCAAGCUGGAAAUCAAGUGGAAUCAACCUAAACCUAUCAUGCUAUUCGUAUCACUAGGAUAUUUUCCGGAUGUCAACGAGUUGAGUUCACAAAAAGUUCAUGUCCACAAAAGCUUGCAGAUAGAUGGAAAGACCGGCAUUGUAAUCAGUCAUCAUUUCAUGCUACCAUUCCACAAGGACCCACUGUUGCUCUCCAAACAGUCACCUUCCCUGCCGUCGAACGAAGCAAGUGUACUAGUCAUCAGCACUAAGAACUGUUCUGAAGUGCCCUUGGAGUUGCAGUCUAUCUCUAUCGAUAUGGAUGAUGACCAUGAAAGAUUGUAUACUCUUGGACACGGAGGUGGAGGAACUGAAGAUGUGUUAGGGGUUUCUCAUCUCAUGCCUGGAGAGGAGUUCAGAAAGGUUUUCACCAUCAUUCCACAGACAGAAUCAUCUAGUCUCGUACUAGGGUCGGUGGCUGUAAGAUGGAGAAGGAAAUCCAAGACCCAAGAAGCCUGCGUGGUGACUAAAUAUAAGCUUCCAGAAGUUAACGUAGAGCUGUCUCCAUUGGUGGUGAGACAGGAAUGUCCUCCUUUUGCCAUCCUUGGAGAUCCUUUUGCGUACAGUAUAAGGAUCAAGAACCAGACCAAGCUGCUACAGGAGGUCAAAUUCUCCCUGGGAGACGCACAGAGCUUCGUGCUCGCUGGAUAUCACACUGACACCACAUUCAUACUGCCCAAGUCGGAACACGUAGUUUCUUACAAGAUCGUGCCACUGUGUUCCGGUAUGCAACAGCUGCCUCGAGUCACUGUGACUUCGGUCAGAUAUUCAGCUGCAUUUCAGCCCUCGGUCGCUGCAUCUACUGUUUUCGUUUUCCCUUCCAAGCCUCACUUCCAGAUAGCAGCAGCUGGUACCGGAAACAAAGUGUUGGAAACUGUCGUUGCCUCGGAGUAA